GAUUGCAGUUCAAAAUUUCUCUUUGCUUAUACAAACUAUUGCUUGAAAUGAUCCAAAGAGAAAAACUUUGCUCAGUGUUUGGAGCUACUUGGCUUGUGGGCUUAGUAUGAGUAGCACUGUGGCUCUAGUGAACUUCUUCAGGGGUUUCCACCCACACAGGCUUAUUUGAGGCCCUUAGUCAGUCGGCAAGCAUGUUUGGAACUGACCCUGGUGCUUUUGCAAGGGCUCAUGUUGCAGGGCAGUCACGGAUGGGCAUUUGUCGUUAUAAAUACUUGACCACUCUCCAGGGUGCGGUUUUCAGCCCUUUAAAGCGCUUCGUUGCCUGCCACCAAGCCGACUUUUGGCUUCGAGUGUAGAAUUGAUUGCUAUAGGACAUCUUUUGCCGAGAAAGAAGUAAAAUGGAACACAAUGGGUCUGCUUCAAAUGCUGGUAAAGUCCACCAGAAUCGAUUGUCAAGUGUGACUGAAGACGAAGACCAGGAUGCUGCUCUUACAAUUGUGACUGUCCUGGACAAGGUGGCCACCAUCGUGGACAGUGUACAGGCCAGCCAGAAGAGAAUAGAGGAGAGACACAGGGAGAUGGAGAACGCUAUAAAGUCUGUCCAGAUCGACCUCCUGAAGCUCUCACAGUCACACAGCAACACGGGCUACAUCGUUAACAAGCUGUUUGAAAAGACCCGCAAAGUCAGCGCUCACAUUAAAGAUGUGAAGGCCCGGGUGGAGAAGCAACGGGUUCAUGUAACCAAGGUCGAAACCAAGCAAGAAGAAAUAAUGAAGAAGAACAAAUUCCGUGUGGUAAUAUUCCAGGAGAAUGUUCGGUGCCCCUCGUCCCUGUCUGUUGUUAAAGACAGAAGCCUGCCCGAGAACCAGGAGGAGGAGGAGGAAGUCUUUGAUCCCCCGAUAGAGCUCUCGUCGGAUGAAGAGUAUUACGUUGAAGAAAGCAGAUCUGCCAGGUUUAGAAAGUCAGGCAAGGAGCACAUUGAUCAUAUCAAGAAGGCGUUUUCCAAAGAAAACAUGCAGAAGACACGGCAGAAUUUUGACAAGAAAGUGAGUGGAAUUAGAACGAGAAUAGUCACGCCUGAGAGGAGAGAGAGGCUCCGGCUCGGGGAGAGGCUCCGGCAGUCGGGGGAGAGGCUCCGGCAGUCCGGAGAGAGGUUUAAGAAAUCGAUUUCAAAUGCAGCCCCCUCAAAGGAAGCUUUUAAGAUGCGCAGCCUUAGGAAACCGAAGGAUCCCAAGGCCGAGGGCCAGGAGGGAGACAGAGGGAUGGGCGUGGACAUCAUCGCAGGCAGCCUGGCUCUGGGGCCCAUCCAUGAGUUCCAUCCUGAUGAGUUCAGUGAGACAGAAAAGGAGGUGGCCAAGGUAGGGUACAUUCCCCAAGAAGGAGGGGACGCCCCAACUCCCGAGCCUUUGAAGGUGACUUUUAAGCCUCAGGUGAGAGUGGAGGACGAUGAGUCCCUCCUGUUGGAUUUAAAGCAGUCCUCGUGAGAGGAACUAAGUGUGAGCGUCAGUCUCACGUCACGUGGUCACAGUUUGAGUAGUGCAGUCAUUUUUAGUCACCGUAGAAAGGCGAAUGGUACAAAAGCUUCAUUUCUUACCUUUAAAAUUCUAAAGAUUAUAGAAAUAUUGUAUACAACUUUCUUGUAAGUUCCUUGGGGAUCCUAUUUCCCCUGAGAAUAUGUGACUGACAGCUUUUUUUUUCCCCCCCUAGUGUCACACUUUUUUGUGGCAGCUCUUGGCCAAUUCGAAAAUAGUUGCAUGGCGCAGGUCAGUUAGGUGCUUGGUCAUCUGUAACACAGGAAGGACAAGUCCAUGCCCAUGGUUCACCAGCAAACUGUAGGAUUUGGGUCAGGAUUAACAAGUCCAGUCUCCAAGGGGAGUAGCUAAUGAGUGGAUUGUGUUAUCCAGAUGUUCACAUCUGGAGAUUCAUUAGUGAGUCAGUAGCCAUACCCCUUAUGAAGCUCUUCUGUGAGGGGGAAAAAAAUGAAGUUUUGGGCUUGAGCAUUUAGCUGUGGUAUCCUAACUUCCUUACUGGUGAGACUCGGCCGGUUGCCAUCUAUUUCCAAUGACAGAAAUGGAGAGGGCUUGCUGACCCUGCACCUCUCAGAGGACUUGAGAUCUGAGGGGAUGUCACAGAGUGUGUGAGAACAAGACACAGAUCCAGCGGAGAGGCACAAACCACACUGGUGCUUCCAAACCAGAACUUAAUAUUACAUCUGUGAAGAAGCCCUUGGUACCAGGCACUGGGCCCUGAAUUGAGCAGAAACUGAAGAUGUGCUUUGCAAGUCUUUUCAUAGCCUGAAGAGUGAAAAAUACAUGCUUGGAUGAGCGCUUUUUCUUAAAGGCUGAAACCAACCUUGGAUUGUUAGCCGGGCCCCAACAUAUUCCUUGGAAAUGUGUCUCUAAUUGCCUUUAGAUUUGGAUGUGGGGUAGACUAGUGUGGGUUUGUGUGCAGAGCAUGAGGUGGAAGUCUAGGGCUGGGCUGUGAAGUGGCUUUUUUAAGGUCUGCCCCGAUGUGGGUGUAGAAAUGAUUCCCGAUACUACUGUUUUCCAGAGUGAACCCUUUAGGGCAAACAGUGCCACUUUGGAGGACAUCAGAUUCCAGUUAGCUCUUAGAUUUAGAUCUGUGACGUCAAGAAGUACAUACUGCUGCUGAGGGAAAAUCACAGUCUGCACUUCCGGCACACUGGAAUCUUUGGAUCGUUUUUUGGAUAUGGAAGAGAUGGUAGAAUUUUUGAUAAAGUGUUUUACUCACGUUCAGUUUAAUGUUGAAUAAUCACCUAGCAGUUAAAAAUAUGCAGGCAUGGGAGUGAGUGCGUGCCUGCUGCCCCAGCACUGACAAGGCUGAGACAGGAGGAUCACGAAUGAAGUUGAGUGAGCCUGGAUUUCUUUAUAUAGAUAUGGUUCAGCAUAAUUUUCUUUUCACUCAGCCUGAAUACAUGUUCAUCUUGCUUUUUUUUUUUUUUUUUU